GCAGUACGGCCUUUGUGGAUUGGGGGGAGGCAGUGCGGAUUCUUCCAGUCACUCCCAGCUUGUUGCCCGCCCAGCCUCUCGUUUGCCAAUUGCGGACUCAAAGCGGUGAAGUUCGACACUUUUUAUUCGAGUGGGCUUCAGUCGAAGCCGCUGAUGUGGAUGUGUCAUCGGUGAAAGGUGAAAAGUCAGGAUGACAACAGUAGCCGCAGAGUACGACCACAUGGACCUCCAGCAGCAGUACAGUGACACUGUCAACAACCGCUGGGAUGACGAAUGGGACAACGAGAACAGUUCAGCCCGCCUGUUUGAACGCUCACGUAUCAAGGCACUGGCAGAUGAGCGUGAGGCAGUGCAGAAGAAGACCUUCACCAAAUGGGUCAACUCCCACCUGUCCAGGGUGUCCUGCCGCAUCACGGACCUGUACAUGGACCUGAGGGAUGGCCGCAUGCUCAUCAAACUCCUGGAAGUGCUUUCCGGGGAGAGGCUGCCCAAGCCCACCAAGGGGCGCAUGCGCAUCCACUGCCUGGAGAACGUGGACAAGGCCCUGCAGUUCCUCAAGGAGCAGAGAGUCCACCUGGAGAACAUGGGCUCCCACGACAUUGUGGACGGCAACCAUCGCCUCACCCUGGGGCUCAUCUGGACCAUCAUCCUCAGGUUCCAGAUUCAGGAUAUCAGCGUGGAAACAGAGGACAACAAGGAGAAGAGAUCGGCCAAAGAUGCCCUUUUGCUCUGGUGUCAAAUGAAAACUGCUGGCUAUCAAAAUGUGAACAUUCGCAAUUUCUCCACCAGUUGGAGAGAUGGGAUGGCUUUUAACGCACUCAUUCACAAGCACAGGCCAGACUUGAUUGACUUUGACAAGCUAAAGAAAUCCAAUGCCCAUCAUAACCUACAAAACGCUUUCAACUUGGCUGAACAGCAUCUAGGCCUAACCAAGCUCCUGGACCCAGAAGAUAUAAGUGUGGACCACCCUGAUGAGAAGUCAGUCAUCACCUACGUGGUGACAUACUACCACUACUUCUCAAAGAUGAAGGCUCUAAAAGUGGAGGGCAAGCGUAUUGGGAAGGUGCUGGACAAUGCCAUUGAGACAGAGAAGAUGAUUGAGAAGUAUGAGUCUCUUGCCUCUGAUCUGCUAGAGUGGAUUGAACAGACCAUCAUUAUCCUUAACAACCGCAAGUUUGCCAACUCUUUAAUGGGGGUGCAGCAGCAGCUUCAGGCCUUCAACACCUACCGCACGGUGGAAAAACCCCCUAAGUUUACUGAAAAAGGCAAUCUGGUGAGGGCCAACAACCAGAAAGUAUAUAUGCCAAGGGAGGGAAAACUCAUCUCUGAUAUUAAUAAGGCCUGGGAGCGACUGGAAAAGGCGGAGCAUGAGCGAGAGUUGGCUCUGAGGACAGAGCUGAUUCGCCAGGAGAAACUGGAACAGCUGGCCCGACGGUUUGACCGCAAGGCAGCCAUGAGGGAGACCUGGCUGAGUGAGAACCAACGCCUUGUUUCACAGGACAACUUUGGCUUCGACCUGCAGGCCGUGGAAGCUGCAACCAAGAAACACGAAGCCAUCGAGACAGACAUUGCAGCGUAUGAGGAGCGCGUGCAGGCCGUGCUGGCUGUGGCCAGAGAGCUGGAGGCGGAGAACUACCACGACAUCAAGCGCAUCACGGCCAGGAAGGACAACGUGAUCCGUCUGUGGGAGUACCUGCUGGAGCUGCUGAAGGCCAGACGCCAGCGCCUGGAGAUGAACCUGGGCCUGCAGAGGGUCUUCCAAGAGAUGCUUCACAUCAUGGACUGGAUGGACGAGAUGAAGAUGCUCCUGCUCUCUCAGGACUAUGGGAAACAUUUGCUGGGAGUGGAGGACCUUCUUCAAAAGCAUGCUCUGGUGGAGGCUGAUAUUGCCAUCCAGGCUGACAGAGUAAAAAAUGUCAAUGCUACCGCUCAAAAGUUUGCCAUCGAUGGUGAUAGCUACAAGCCCUGUGACCCACAGGUGAUCCGAGACCGGGUGGCUCAUAUGGAGUUCUGCUACCAGGAGCUGAGCCAGCUGGCCGCAGAACGCCGGGCUCGCCUUGAGGAAUCCCGCCGCCUCUGGAAGUUCUUCUGGGAGAUGGCGGAGGAGGAAGGCUGGAUCCGUGAGAAGGAGCAGAUCCUAUCUUCAUACGAGCGUGGGAAGGACCUGACAGGCGCUUUGCGUCUGCUGAGCCAGCAUCGCACCCUGGAGGACGAGAUGAGCGGCCGUUGCGGACACCUCCAGCACACUAUCGCCGAGGGUGAAGCCAUGGCGACGGCAGGCCACUUCGGCGCCAUCAAGAUCCGUGAGCGAAUAGCCGACUUGCAGGCGCAGUGGGCGGCUCUGGAGUCCCUCGCGGGAGUGCGGAAGGCUCGUCUGGAGGAGGCCCUGGCGCUGCACCAGUUCCAGGCAGACGCGGACGACGUGGACGCCUGGACCUUGGACGCCCUGCGCAUUGUGUCCAGUGGCGAGGUGGGGCAUGACGAGUUCUCCACCCAGGCACUGGUCAGGAAACACAAGGAUGCGGCUGCCGAGGUCGCCAGCUACCGGCCUGUCAUCGAUGCUCUCCAUGAGCAAGCAGCCGUCCUGCCUAAAGACGAGGCAGAGUCAGAGGAGGUAAAGGGACGUUUGGCGGGCAUUGAGGAGCGCUACAAGGAAGUGGCCGAGCUGACUCGGCUUAGAAAGCAGGCCCUGCAGGAUGCACUGGCCCUGUACAAGAUGUUUAGUGAGGCAGACGCCUGUGAGGUUUGGAUUGACGAGAAGGAACAGUGGCUCAAUAGUAUGGAGAUACCAGAGAAACUGGAAGACCUAGAAGUUAUUCAGCACAGGUUUGAGAGUCUUGAGCCAGAGAUGAAUAACCAGGCCUCUCGUGUUGCUGUGGUCAACCAGAUUGCCAGGCAGCUGAUGCACAAUGGCCACCCAAGCGAGAAGGAUAUCAAAGUUCAACAAGACAAGCUCAACAAUAGAUGGAGCCAGUUCAGAGAUCUGGUGGACCAAAAGAAGGAGUCUCUCAAUUCAGCGCUAGGCGUGCAAAACUACCACCUCGAGUGCAAUGAGACAAAGUCCUGGAUCCGUGAAAAGACCAAGGUCAUCGAGUCCACUCAGGAGCUGGGGAACGACCUGACAGGCGUCAUGGCGCUGCAGCGCAAGCUUACAGGCAUGGAGCGCGACCUGGCCGCCAUCGAAGACAAGCUGGGAGACUUGCGAGGUGAGGCGGAGCGUCUGGCCGAGGAGCACCCAGACCAGGCCAAGGCCAUCACGGGCCGCCUGGCAGAGAUCAAUGCCGUGUGGGAAGAGAUGAAGAACACCUUGAAGAACCGCGAGGAGUCUCUCGGUGAGGCCAGCAAGCUGCAGCAGUUCCUCCGCGAGCUGGAUGAUUUCCAGUCCUGGCUGUCGCGCACGCAAACGGCCAUCGCCUCAGAGGACAUGCCCAACACCCUUGCCGAAGCUGAGAAGCUUCUAGCGCAGCACGAGGGCAUCAAGAACGAGAUCCACAACUACGAGGAGGAUUACCAGAAGAUGCGGGACAUGGGGGAGAUGGUGACCCAAGGCCAGACGGACGCCCAGUAUAUGUUCCUCAGACAGAGGCUACAAGCGCUGGACACGGGCUGGAACGAACUACACAAGAUGUGGGAGAACCGGCAGAACCUGCUGUCCCAGUCCCAUGCCUACCAGCUAUUUCUCAGAGACACCAAGCAGGCAGAGGCCUUCCUCAACAACCAGGAGUAUGUGUUGGCCCACACUGAAAUGCCUACAACUUUGGAUGGGGCCGAAGGGGCCAUCAAAAAACAAGAGGACUUCAUGACAACCAUGGAUGCCAAUGAAGAGAAGAUCAAUGGUGUGGUGGAGGCUGGCAGGAGACUGGCGAGCGAUGGAAACAUCAACGCAGAGCGCAUCCAGGAGAGGGCUAGUUCUAUUGAUGACAGGCAUAAGAAGAAUCGUGAGGCAGCAGUGGAGCUCCUGAUGAAGCUGAAGGACAACCGUGACCUUCAGAAGUUCCUGCAGGACUGUCAGGAGCUGUUUCUAUGGAUUAAUGAGAAGAUGCUCACAGCGCAAGACAUGUCGUACGAUGAGGCCAGGAACCUCCACAGCAAGUGGCUUAAACACCAGGCCUUCAUGGCUGAACUGCAGUCCAAUAAGGAGUGGCUUGACAAGAUUGAGAAGUUUUCAGGGGGAAGAAAAAGCAGGAAUUCCAUGGGGGUGUUCACACAUGAUGGGUUGCAGCUAGUGUUGGAAAAGCCAGAGACCGAGGCUGUGGUGAAGGAAAAGCUCUCUGCUCUGCACAAAAUGUGGGAGGAGCUGGAGUCCACCACCCAGACCAAGGCCCAAUGUCUGUUUGAUGCCAACAAGGCGGAGCUCUUCACCCAGAGCUGUGCUGACCUGGACAAAUGGCUGGGCGGCCUGGAGGGCCAAAUCCAAUCAGACGACUACGGCAAAGACCUUACCAGCGUCAACAUCCUGCUGAAGAAGCAGCAGAUGUUGGAGAAGCAGGUUGAAGUCCGACAGAGGGAGGUGGUGGAGCUCCAGAGCCAGGUGCAGGCCCUCAGCCAGGAGGGGAGGGACACGGAUGAGGUGGACGGCCACAGGCAGGUGGUUGAGAAGAAGUUCCAGGAGCUGCUGGAUCCGCUGUCCAAGAGGAAGAACUUCCUGGUGGCGUCUCGUGAGAUCCACCAGUUCAACCGGGACGUGGAGGAUGAGAUUCUGUGGGUCCAAGAGAGAAUGCCAAUUGCAACUUCGACAGAUCAUGGCAACAAUUUACAGACCGUUCAACUGCUUAUUAAGAAAAACCAAACCUUACAGAAGGAAAUCCAGGGUCAUCAGCCUCGCUGCGACGACAUUUUUGAGAGGAGCCAGAGCCUCCUGACGGAGGACGGCCCCAACGUGGAGGCGAUCCGCCAGCGCCUGGCCGACCUGCAACAGCUGUGGAGCCUGGUCAUCGUGGAGACAGGCAAGCGCCACGCCCGUCUGGAGGAAGCCCACAAUGCUCAGCAGUACUACUUUGAUGCGGCCGAGGCGGAGGCUUGGAUGAGCGAGCAGGAGCUGUAUAUGAUGUCUGAGGAAAAGGCCAAGGACGAGCAGAGUUCGGUGGGCAUGCUAAAGAAACACCAGAUUGUGGAGCAGUCUGCGGAGGACUACGCUGAAACCGUCCACCAGCUCUCCAAGACAAGCAGAGGCCUGGUGGCUGAUGGCCACCCAGAGAGUGAGAGAAUAGGUAUGCGCCAGUCCCAGGUGGAUAAACUGUAUGCCGGGCUGAAGGACCUAUCGGAGGAGAGGAGGGGGAAACUGGACGAGAGAUUCCGCCUCUUCCAGCUGAACCGUGAGGUGGACGAUCUGGAACAGUGGAUUGCAGAGCGGGAGGUGGUGGCUGGCUCUCACGAGCUGGGACAGGACUACGAGCACGUCACUAUGCUCCAGGAGCGUUUCAGGGAGUUCGCCCGUGACACUGGCAACAUCGGCCAGGAGCGCGUGGAUGCCGUCAACCGCCUGGCAGACGAGCUGAUCAACGCUGGUCACACAGACGCCGCCACGGUGGCCGAGUGGAAGGACGGCCUGAACGAGGCAUGGGCCGACCUGCUGGAGCUGAUCGACACUCGCACACAGAUCCUCGCCGCCUCCUACGAGCUGCACAAGUUCUACCACGAUGCCAAGGAGAUCCUCGGACGCAUCCUGGACAAGCAGAAUAAACUUCCGGAAGAGGUGGGCCGGGACCAAAACACAGUGGAGACCCUGCAGAGGAUGCACACCACCUUUGAGCACGACAUCCAAGCCCUCGGAACACAGGUAAGGCAGCUGCAGGAAGAUGCGGUCCGUCUCCAGUCGGCCUAUGCCGGUGACAAGGCAGACGAUAUCCAGAGGCGGGAGUGCGAGGUGCUGGAGGCGUGGAAGAGCCUGUUGGAGGCGUGCGACGGCCGCAGGGUCCGUCUCCUGGACACGGGCGACAAAUUCCGCUUCUUCAGCAUGGUGCGCGACCUCAUGUUGUGGAUGGAGGACGUCAUCCGUCUAAUCGAGGCCCAAGAAAACCCAAGGGACGUGUCAUCUGUGGAAUUGUUGAUGAACAACCACCAGGGCAUAAAGGCAGAGAUUGAUGCCCGCAAUGAUAGCUUCACUGCCUGCAUCGAGUUGGGCAAGUCUUUGUUGGCCAGAAAGCACUAUGCAUCAGAAGAGAUAAAAGAUAAGUUACUACAGCUGACGGACAAGAGGAAAGACAUGAUUGACAAGUGGGAGGACCGAUGGGAAUGGUUAAGACUGAUUUUGGAGGUUCACCAGUUUUCAAGGGACGCGGGCGUGGCUGAGGCCUGGCUACUAGGUCAGGAGCCCUACCUGUCUGGUCGAGAGAUGGGCCAGAGUGUGGAUGACGUGGAGAAACUGAUCAAGAGGCACGAAGCGUUCGAGAAGUCGGCUGCCACUUGGGAGGAGCGCUUCUCCGCACUGGAGCGUCUGACAACGUUGGAGUUAUUGGAAGUAAGAAGAUUGCAAGAGGAAGAAGAAAAAAGGAGGAAGCCCCCCACCCCAGAGCCUGUCCAGGAGUCUAACCUCCUACUGCACAGGGAAGAGGAGCCGAUUACUAAUGGACUGCCAUCAGACCAGGACUCCCCACGAGACGGAGUGGAUGGUGAAAUGGUAAAUGGUGUUGCAGAGCAAAACUCCAAGGACCCAAGCCCCAUUCCCUCCCCCACCUCCGGGAGGAGGGCCAAGGGCAGCCAGUCGUCAACUCUGCCCACCAAGAACCAAGACUCACCCACAUCCCAGCUAGAGGGCUUCCUGCACCGCAAACACGAGUGGGAGGGGCAUAACAAGAAGGCCUCAAGCAGGUCCUGGCAUAACGUGUACUGUGUAAUAAAUAACCAUGAGAUGGGCUUCUACAAAGACAACAAGAAUGCCAGUCAAGGCAUUCCCUACCACAAUGAGAUUCCCAUCAGCCUGAAGGAUGCUGUGUGUGAUGUUGCCAUUGAUUACAAGAAAAAGAAGCAUGUCUUCAAGCUCAGAGUUACAGAUGGAAAUGAGUAUCUCUUUCAAGCCAAAGAGGAAGAGGAGAUGAGUACAUGGAUCCAGGCCAUCCUGAAUGCAGGGUCGCUGGAAAAGGUAGAGAUCACUCCCAGCAACCAGAGCACCCCAGCGUCGAGCCGAGCCCAGACCCUGCCCGCCACCGUCACCCUCACUACGGAGCCCAGCCCGGGCACCGGCAAGCGGGAGAAGGACAAGGAGAAGGACAAGGAGAAGCGCUUCAGCCUUUUCAGCAAGAAAAAACAAUAGAGGAUCUCUGUGAAUUUUUUUUAAUUAUUAUCAGUGAAAUGUCUUUUCUCUCUCCCUUUUUUUUCUUUUUUUUCUGCCCAUUUCCAAUCUAUUUUAUUCCAGCUGAAACAGAACCACACACCUUGUGCCUAACAUUCUGAAGGGUCAGAUUAACUAACAGCCCGGAGGUGCAACUAUAAGGAAAACACACAUUAUUUGGUGGAGGUUAGAAGGUGUGGGGCAAAUUUCACCAUGAAAUUGUUUGAUAAUGUCAAAUAGAGGACCGAAUGCAGGUUUUUCUUCCAUUGUUUUUUAUUAUGUCUUUGUUCAUUUGAUUGUUUUUCUUUGUUUUUAAUUGUGGUUAGUAAUGGGUCUGAGUAUUUAAACAUUUCCUCAAUUUUGUGAGGGUGUCUUGAAGAGACGACCUGAAUUAUCUUUUACUGUUGCGAAGGGAGGCAACAGUGCUUCAAAUGAUUCCUUAUUUUGUGUAUGCUCAGUGCUCACACACAUUUUGGAUCAAAAUUUAACUUACACUCAACACACUUCUUAAACAGUUAGGCUCCUGAAGAACAUAAUCCUAGCCAGUAUAUCUGCAUGCUUUAUCUGGUUUAGAAAAAGCCUUAUGUCUCACUUACAAUUGAAACUUGAUGGAUGGAUCUCCAGAAAUGAUUUCCUCAAGGUGGACCAUUUUUUAACAUAGUUGUUUUUUUGUUGCAUUAUAAUAUAUGUUUGAAAUAAUAAUUAUAGUACAGAUUAUAAAAUCAGUAUGUAUUAUAAACACUUAAAAGCAUUGAUGUUAAAUGGAAAAGUGGAAAUACAGCAUUUUCUGCAAAAAAGUAAUCCUGAAAAAAGUUUGCUUGCUUGUCAGCUAUAGCACUGCGCAUUAUGAUUUUUGCUACGUUAUCUUGCUAUAUGAUACAUAGUGUGCAUUUCUCUGUCACUGUAUCUAUUGUAUUGAAAUAAAUGCCAUCUACUGCACAAUCAGAAAUUACAUAAUGGGAAUGAAAUUCUUUGCAAGGUCUGGGUCUUUGGGGCAUAUAUAUAGAACAUAGACCUGUCAUUCUGAUAUAUGAAACUGCACCUGUAGACUCUCUUUCUCUCUCUCUCGAUUUCACUCAGUCACUCACUAUCUCUGUUAAAUAUGUGCAAUAUCAUUAAACUGCUUUUAAACAUUA